AUGGCGUACCAGACGGAACCUCGUCCCGACGAUGCCGACGCGAAGAUCCACCCGGCCAACGAAUUCGACCCUACCGUGCACGGUGAUGCACGCACGAAUGCCCUAGCCUGGUUUAGACCGCCGGUCGAGGUGGUAAACAUGGCGUGGCCACUAGGUAUAGCCUAGCUUCGGGAAACCGCGUGUGAGAGUUAGAUGUCAGUAAAUGGACGCUAGGCGUUGUCUACACCUGCAAGCAAGUGAGCUACCUACCACGUCUGUCACGUGAACGUACCGCUGGACACCCCUUAACCCCUAUAGGACAAUAGAGGCUAUCAAUUAGGCAUUGAUUGUCGAAGUUUGCCAACUCUCUUACUUUCUCUACGGUAGAUUUCCCUUGUUAUCUCCUUCCUAGACAAGAUGGCUCAGGUUCUGCAAAUCAUGAGAGCGUCGCCAGUAUUAAAGAAUUGCGAUUAGUAAAUACAAUCCUUUACAGUGUACGAGUCUGUAUCCGAAAUCACUACCUUUCAGACAUAAGCAGCAGUCGCCGGGAACAGAUACCUUAAUCGAAAUAUUGCACUUAUGCCAUAUUAGUUUCUCAGUUUUGCUACCAGUUACUUCAGUGGCCCUGCGAAAUUGUCCAAUAGUAACCGCUGAAUCACUCCAUCUACAGUUUGGUCUAAAGGGUCAGCAGAUGGCGUUCUUACUGCUAGUAUUGGAGUACUCACGUAUAAGCAAAUGCUUCAGGUACUCGGUAUUAACAAAAGGGAUUCCAGAAUUUGUCAUAUCUCGGGAAGGACGCGAAGGCAAGCAGGCACCUGCAAUAUCUCCCAUUAUAAAGCUGCCACUCAGGGGUGGAGCAGAGACUGUAGGUUGCCGUCUUUAGCUGACCUUUUUCGGGGAAUUUUAAUGUAGACUGAUUAAUAAUAUUGCAAGUUUUGGCGGUACACAGAGCACGACUACAUCCCCUUUGCAGAUCACCUAGUGGAAACUAUCGUACGCACCUAUCGUUAUUUGUUUUAAGGGACUGGCGUGUACUGGGACGCCCUUUGAAGUCCCAGCUUUCGGUCUCAUUGUUUAGCCUUAAACACUUCCCCCAUGAAACGAGAUUAACGGUCGGAAUUCAACUUGUAGCGCAGUCCAUCCCCGCCCUCAUAAAGCAAAUAACUGAACGUGGUUUGUGCACACGAAGUUUCUGCGCAGUGGCCUGCGCUAGGAACCUAACUACGCUGUCUGUUCUGUAAAAGCUUACAUAAGUGUUAAUCAACUGCACUACAAAACAAGAUGGACGAUCCCUUAGACUGGCCCAUGAUCCUAUUCACCCUAAUGUGGUUCAACUCUUAGGACGGAUAUAUGUUCUCUACAUAAAUUCUGAUGGACACACCAAUUUGUCAAAGUUACUCCCGUGAUUUAACCUGAUUAUUUCGAUGAUUCCAAACAAAAUUGCUAUUUUUAAGUUGCGGUCUUGAAUAACGAGUAGAAUCGCUUGUUUAUAUGGCGCACCGAGGUCUCGCGAUGCUGGCUUGCCAGCGCUUUAAUGUCGCUCGGCCUUGAGCUUGAGGUCGUUGGUUUAUAGCCUUUUGCGCCAUUGUUAUGAAGAUAUACCUAUAAUGUCCCGUUUUGGAAAUAGGUACUAUAGAGAUGCAGAAAGUCUAAAUUACAACCUGUCAUUUGCUGGUUGUGGCUUCCUUGGGAUAUAUCAUGCUGGCGUAAUAAGCUGUGUGCGGCGGUUCGCCCCGCAUUUAUAUGUAAACAGGCCCAUAUCUGGUGCUAGUGCCGGUGGAAUAGCUGCUGCUUUCUUAGUAUGUGACGUCAAAACCGGUACGUUCUAAUUUGUUCCGAACUUUGUACUACCAAAGAGGACUGCAUGCGCUAUUUUGCCGAAUUGAUAAACAAGUCUCGUCAGUACACCUUGGGAGCAUUUGAUCCUCGUUUCAAAAUAACAGAAUAUCUCCGCGAGGGUCUUGAACGGCUUCUCCCCGCUGAUGCCCACACUUUAUGCUCUGGCCGUCUUUAUAUUUCAAUGACGCGACAAAGUUCUCGUGAGAAUGUGGUAGUCAGUCAAUUCAAAGACAGAGAUGAACUGAUACAAGUUAGCGAUUUUGUUAAUUAUAACCACUUCCAGGUUAUUCUAUGCUCGUCGUUCAUCCCUAUAUUUGGCGGUUUUGUUCCUCCAAUGUUUCACGGCGAUGUAAGUUAUGAAUAAUUCGCUAACCAUUCUGUAGUAUUUCGUGGACGGAGCCCUCUCCGACAACCUUCCCAACCUUGACAAAAAUACAAUCACCGUUAGCCCCUUUUGUGGCGACGCAGACAUUUGCCCGCGGGACGAUAUGUGGGAUUCCAAGGAGCUGGCGACGGUGGCCGGACACAUUUUUCUUUCACAAACGAGUAUUAUUCUAAACUGGAUGAAUGCAAAGCGCAUUGUCAAUAUAGUUAGACCUUUGAGCCCUAAAAUGCAAGCAGAACUGGCAGUGGGUGGUUACGAUGAUGCACUGAGAUUUCUUCUAACCAGGGGUUCGUCUGAAUUUCCUCUCUGCGAACGUAUAUGAUUCACUUGAUACGAUCUACCCGUUCUGUUGUUUUUUUAUACUGUGGCAUCGUAAACACUGAAGACUACCAUCAUCUCAAAGGUUGUGCGAGAGUUUCCACAUCAGUUGGACUAAUUAAUUGGGACUUAAGCAACGUCUUUUUCAGCAUUUUUUUUCGUCUUCCCUGUCCCAUCGGCUCGAUAAAGAACGACCUAAGAGUCGUCUUAACUGAAAAUUUAUCUGCUCUUACCUCAUUUUGAUGCCUUUGUCAUGAAAUCAGGGUACCAUUUUUCACUCCCUAUCAAGCUAGUUUGCAGGCGCUCAAAAUUGUCCUCGUUUAUAGUCCGCUUUCGGUUACCUAAAGGAGAACAGGCGUUUAUGGUAAGCAAUGUCGAACCGACGGAAGAAGAUAGUAGUGGUCGUUAUCGGUUUUUGCAUUGUUCCAGUCGCUUUUUGGCGUCAUCUCUCAGCUUACAAAUAAUAAUUAUAAUAAAUAUAAUUAUAAUUAUCACUUUAGGGCACACUUCCCACUUCAUGUUCUGUGAAUGAUAAGCAAGGCUUCACCAGGCAGACUAUCUGACCUCUCCGUCAUUUCCAUUAAGGCUUUGGCCUUGAAUCCAUGGCACCACUAGUUAACUCAUGGGUCUGGCGACGAAUCUGUUCAGGUUGCUUUUACAACCUUUGUUGGACGAUACGGUACCCCUUUGCGAAGUUUCGCCAUGUCACUGAACGCCAUAAAGAGCCUGGACAACAAAUUCUAUGGUGGUACGCUGUGCUCGAACUACCUGUAACGGUCCAAGCGGGCUUGUGACGGCCGAAAUAGAAUAAGUUUUUAUCCUAGACCGCCGUGUAUAUUUUCCAGACCUUAUUUUCACCUCAGUAUGGAAUAAAAACCGUCUUCGUUGAUUUUUAACUGUAAAUAAGCGGAUAACUGUCAGGUGAAGCGGGUUUCAGUUCGGUCGGGAUUGCAUUUCGAGGAUUCUUUGAUUUUUGUGGUGUUCAUGAGGGCAUCAAGUUAUUUGAUCAUGUCUUACCUGAGCCUACGUUCUGUAAGCCUUUAUGAAUUUACGGUAGUUUGACGCUGCUUUCAACAUAGUCGAUGUCUGAGUUCUGAUGUUAUUUCUACAACGUCAGAGGCCAUAUAAUCACUUUGUAGAAGCAGAGUCCCAAUGUUGACACCAAAUUUGCGUAUUUCUGCAAGUAUGCUGUUCUCCAUGGUUGCCUUGUAGGCUGAACAAGUACUUUUGUCUCCGAAAGAAGGGCCACAUGACACCGCACAGGCUAGUGGAAGACAAAUAUGUGCCUCUGAAGUUGGGUAGUGGCGCAGGCUCUUCAGUUUUUCAGCUAUUGUGGAUCCGCCUCAUAAAUCCAGUGAUUUUUCCGUCUUCAUCCAUCGGGAACGUGGGCUGCGUACAUUUACCGUCGCACCAACGUUAGAUUUCGGCUUCAACGUGCGACCAGAUUUAUUUUUUCAGGACCCUAGCUGUGCUGGGCUGUUUUUGAUUAUUUUGAAGCAUCUGACUUGGAGCAAGUGAUGCGGGUUCAGCCUUUGAAUGUGUAUGAACGGGAACGGAAUCUAGAGCGGAGGCGUUGUCGAUUUCUACGCCACUUAUCUAGCCAUAGUUUUUUUAUCCUACUGAAUUGUGCUGUAAUAUUAUCUUGGUGGAUCUGACUAAUUUUUGUUGUGCUGCCUGUCCUAACUUUUAUCUGCCUACCUUCUUUGCUACUACCAAGGUUUUGUAGCCUGCCCCAUGCAUCGGAUGCCUCGUGCAUUUGGCGGACGCUUGCGCCAAAGCCACUCCUCUACUAGACUUUCGGCGGUGCGUCGCACUAAGAAGCGUCGAGAUAUUUCAGUCGACCUCUAUGAGCACGAUUCCGAUCAGAUCAAGCUUAACCCUGAUGAGGAGGACGCCUCUCCUGAUUCUCAGGUCCUUCCCAAAGAAAAAUCUACCUCAACCCUUACUAAAAGCGCCUCUCGUGACCUUCUCUGCCAGUUGACUGACCCAUUACAGACUGUCUUCUACAAAACAACCUUCGGCAGCCGCACUCUCGCUGUUCCACAAUGUCUUUCCUGUCGAUCAGCUAUGUUAACUUCCUACGUAUCAAGCCUUCCGAACACCAUUUAUAAUAUACUCGCUGGUUCCACAGAUAUUGGGGACGCAUCCAGUGCCAACAACCCUCAACCCCAUAAUCCUGCUCUCUUCUCGCGCCUCCUUGAUACGGUUAGGUCUUGUAUUUUGGACUCCGUUUCGCCGUAUCCUGUUUCCUAUGCGCUGAUAUGCUUUCUGCGGCUGCUCAUGUCCUCGGCAGUAUUCCAGGUUUCUGUGGUCCAUUCCGUCACUUCUACGUAAGUUGAAACACUGUUUUUCCGAAAUGCAUUUAAAUAAUGCAAAGAUGGUGAAAUAUGCAGAAUUUAAUGGUCGUAAAAUUACCUGACCUCUAUUUCAAUCGCUCACGGUCAACACAGAUUUACAAAAUCAACUGUUCAUUAGAAAAACAGCCUACGACGAUCAAAAGGUAGAUUCAACAGUUGCGCUCAAAGUUCUGCUUCAAGCGAUAAAUGGUCUUCCACGUUGUUCAGAAGCCGCACCACUACGGAAGACAAAAGCAGAACUGUAUAGGUAAUUGGAUUACAUGAUACACCGCGGACUGUCAUGGCAAGAGUUGGUUAGAGAAGUAACUCUGUCUUCUAUCCCACCACCUCACCUUUACGACUGACUAUUGCCACACGCUGUGCAGCCUUAAUCACGUUUGAUGAGGUUUCGCCGUAACCAAAACUAGUUCACCUAUACACAUUUUUUCCUCACCAUGCUUGCCCACGUCCGACCACCAUUUUCUGCCGUUAUUUUGACUAUCCCGUUUGAUCUAUGCGAGCUAUUUUCUUACUAAAACGUUUGUUUUGUGAGUAUUCGAUGUCUUAACAGUUUAGCGAGAGGUCAUUAAAUUUUAUGACAUCGUUAAAUCCUGCAUCUUUCACUGUCUUUCUCUUAUUCAGCUUCUGCGUAAGUUUUCCUGCGGACGCCUUGUCCGCACAUUGCGAAUAUCCGGUCUACAUUCGUCUCAUAUCAUGUAUUUCUCAGAUUAACGAAAACCUUUUCUUAAUAUUUUCCCAAGUAACGACAUCGGAAUGGACUCGCUCAUCUUUUCAGCUUCACAGAGCAAACAGACACUGUAGACUUUUAUAGGUCAUGAGAUAACAUUCUUAUUCUUCCAUUUCUGCUAUUUCCAUUUGUCUUGAUAAUAAGUUAACCUUCCCCCAAUGGCAUCAUUUUAUGGUCGAUGUCAAGAGAUUUCAGUGUCCAGUGCCCACUCCGGUCUCAGUCGCCAAUCCACCAGAUUGUUCGUUCAGCAGCUGACCAUGUGUAGUAGCCGCCCCCACUCACUCACUCCGUCCUGCGUCCUGUAUGGAUCCAAACUAUUCUUGGCUUUCCCCUUGUAGAAAUGACCUUCGCCUUUUGCAUUCAUUCGAAGUUUAUACCUUUGUCAGUGUGUCCCAGUCCAAUCAGUAUUUCAUUUCUGUCAGUAAGACAGGUCAACUUUCUAGCACACUUUUAAUGGGCCAGUUUGGGCUCCAACAUACAUAUGCACUUAAUCGCAUUCCUCGUGGUUUAACGGGCCUCAGUGUCAGCAUUACUGUAAAAUAACGUUGUCUUCUUCUGUCGUCAUACGGACUUCUAACAGUCGUCCUGUCAACGUUUCAGUCCCGAACGCCGGCUCUCGGGUACAGCAAAAUCAUCACUUCUAGCCUUACCAGUUCCUUACUUUUCUGGUUUUAAACGGUGUUGAGACCUAGAUCCUGACAAGUCCUUUUCCAAAUUGCCUCAUGGUAAUGUCCUGUCGGACCGGCGAGACGCGCAGUCAAGCCUACUAAUAUCCUAACAUUUCACUAAGUCAGCACCAGAACAUCCUUUAUCAGCGACUAACUCGCAGACCGGAUUCAUGGACUCAUCAAAGGUACCAAUUCUUAAUUGCCCAGCGUUUCUCCCGGUCAUCAGCACAGUCGAGUACAUAGACCGUGGUCGCUUAUACCCGUAUGUUGGUCUUCUUGUUGGACAUCUUAGCAAGACCACAAGCGUUUCCCGGAGAUGACAAAACACCAUGCGGGUUGCUUGCGUUGCCAUAUUUUCUACUGACAUCUCCCCUUCAGUAGCCGGAUCAGCGCCCCAGCUUUAGAGAGCAAAGCUCUUUCGGACGCUUAGUGGUGGUAAAAGCUGUUCAUCUAUUCCAGGAAUUCCCGAUUGCUUGAAGGGAGAUGCGUUCACGAGCGUGUGGUCGGAGUUAUGCCCUGCCUGUUUCGUCUCCCCACAGUGAUCGCUAGUCCAGAACUCCACUUGUUGAGAGCUGGCUUACAAUAAUGCAGCCAGAUUAUGCGUGGCCGCUUGGCCCUCCGAGUGCAAAUUCGACAGGCGUUUUGUGAGGUGCCGAAAGCAAUGAUCUGCCUUAACCAGCCUACUUUCCUGUGUAGAACCAUGAGGUUAGUAUCGAUGUCAUGCGUAGUAUAUAAAGCAAAAGCAUGGAAGACACGACGGAGCUCUGGGUCGACUUUUAUGAUCCAUGCAUUGGAAUAUCCUACUACUCUUUUGGUUUUGUUAGGGAAAAAAUAGAGCUUUACUUUAAAGAAGCCGUUUUCAAAGCCCUCCUUUUCAUCUUAGUCCGCUAUGAGUGUCAGAGCGUACGGAUACACAGGCCUGAAGGUGUCGUUCUAGUAGACAGCAAUCAAGCUAACUCUGAACUCCCCUUCUAAAUUAACGUGGAUUCAGAGAUCUAUGCAGAGCAUCCUGAGAUUGCAACUGUGCCGUUUCGGCCAAACCUCGGUCUUCUGCUAGUUCACUCAUCGUAAUAGGUGGGAACCACCUCGAUUUUCGAGAAAUAGUAAUAGCUUGCACGUGAUCCGGAUCAUAGUGAUAAAGACUUGUACAUUGUCGACUCCAUACAUCCAUCUUGCUCCAGUAUGAAACAGAAUCGAGAUGUGUGGAUGUAGAUGUGCGCACAGCGAUUGACUAGGUCUUUGUCCACCUUCUCAGCCCGUUUGCGUGCCACGCUCUGCUGGGCCCUCACAUCACAGCAGCCAGACUUCACUAACUCAGAGCGUAAGUUGCCGUAGGAUCAUAUUAGACACGAGCCGUCGCAGCGUAGCUCUCAAUCCUGACCGAGUUAUCCCUUCGCUCGCUUUUAGUGCGCUAGGAUAGCCUAAAGGCGCGCCAGACUUCGUAUGAGGAGACGUAGACCACCCGGCGUCGACUCCCCUCUUUGACUGCGUCCGGGUGGCGAGAAUGGGCCAAGCUCAAUCGAAAUGAGUUCAGGUUAUGUGGAUGACGCGUCAAAACUCCCCGUUUCUAGGUGCCAUAAAUGUGUUUGCCUCCCGUUUAGGUCUGAAAGAAUAGCACCCUUUCAUUCUGCUGGGAAUGGCUGCUAAUAGUUUGAGCUGGUCCCUUUAGGCCCUCCAAUCUUUAAAGUGAUCGCGAAACUUCUGCUCUUGGGGCUAGAGACCACUAACCCGUCCCCUUUGCCUCCGUGUGUUACCGAAACAUUUCUAAUCACGAAGAGAACUUUCUCUAAAAAUGUCGCGACACUAAUCUUCUUUUCAUUACCACAGUCCCUAAUCUUAGAACAGUCAACAGAAGCGCCGCCUGACAUUCGCGUUAGAAGUUAACGAAAUGUAUGUAAAUGGAUCACGAAUAAGGCCCUUAUCCUCAUCUCCAGUGUGGACCUCUUUUCGCCGUACGUAAAGGCCAUGUGCUUCGCACAGGAUCACAUAAUAAAGUACUCUGUGGACAUAAACUAAGAAGGAUCGAUACUUGUGUGAUUUAUUUUGAAUAAUGACGUGUCCCCACUGCACUUCACUGAGGGCGAAGUGAUGUUGACAAUCAUACAUCUGGGGAUGUGGCAUGCCUUACCAUACAAAACUGCUGCUAAAGCCGCAGAGCACAUAACUCGCGACUAACCUGACUUCACGUUGACCGAAGGCCAAAAUCUCUGGUCGAUUCGGGCAUGCUACAGACCGGUUAAGCCCUGCUUUGGUGUCUGGUUUUAGCUGCUGAAUUUGGACGGUAAUUGUUCUUCAAGCUCUACGAAUCCAAUGCGGCAGCCGCUUGACUACAAACUUGCAUUCCGACAGGAUGGGUACCUAUCUCUUAUGGCAACCCUAGCCUACAGUUAACUCAGCUCCUUGGCUUUGCGAUAACGAGGAUAUUUGGACGGACUAGAAACAAGGCCGUGUAAUCGCAAAUCGAGGUCAGGAACGCAGGGCGACUCCGAGUUUGGUCACAUGUUACAUGUAUGGUUCCUUUGCUGGUUUUUCGAUAUGCGCCGGAGCCGGCCUGAUAUACCUUCAGAUGGAAAAGAUAGUUUGGGUAAGGUUGAGAAGCCGGCUAGCAUAAAGCAUCGUCUCAGACCCAUUCAUACACAGUAGCAUGCUAACCUCCGACUUGAGUAUAUUUUCAGCCAUUCGUGUCAGACGCACUCAUAUCCCCACUCCAGUAAUAACUUGGACGGGGGUUUCGUGCAGAUUAUGUUUGGAAGUCCGCCUUAAGUGACCCCCUCUUUAAAGGCACAUCAAAAUUUCGGCCAGUUUUUCAUCGCAUUUAGGUUGUCUAUUUCAUUUCUAAAGCUGCGGUGAAAUGCGGGUCAUCCAACAAAACUUGUGUCUGCCUUCUCAGUGCUCACAUCUCCCUUUUCCUAGUCACAGAGUUUUCGCCUCUUGCUUGUGCUCUAGUCAACGUUAGAUGAGAAGGGCUGCCAUUGUUCUCCUUGACAGAUUACCCGAACGGACCUUAUCCAUUGCCUGCACCUAUGUUUUCUGCCCUCGCAUAUAUUAUUAGUCAUCGGUAAUACGUAUCAGUUAGGUACGUUUGGUUCCUCCGUCCUCUGGAGCUCACGGCGCUUUUGAAUCACAUUUUGCAUUUUGCGAGGGAGGUGGGUCAGCCUAAUUUGUGGAUAGUUCGCUGAAUUCCUUUGGACUGCCUUUUUUGCAAAUCUACACAAUGACCUCGGCGCUUCCAGUUAAGUCGCUUCUCGUGUGUGUGUGUUCUGCAGAGGUGCACCAUGCACUUAGUCGCGUGCCUGAUUGUACUGUGUACUAGGUGUAUUCGCACUUGAUUACCUGCCCACUCGAAAGCCAGUGCACAUUCUCCUCGUACGUUCUACACAUAAGGGCUCAGAUACCCGUUUUCCCCCUCGCCGUAUGGUCCCUGCAUUAAUUCCUUCAGUAGCUCUAGGUAUUCCGCCUACGCAGUUUUAUGAAUGUCGUCUCCCCUGACUUUGAAGGCUUUUUGCUCUAUUAUGUUUGGCUGCAGAGUUACCCACAUUUCGCUGCUCUGAGAUCCUGCUUACUUUCGCUUUUGACAGCCUGCAUCCUGUUGCAUUGGGCGACCGUAGGUCCCCCAUCUACAGUUUCGGCGGUUAGCACGCCAUCUGCGCAGGCCAUAGAUCAAGGCCUAGAUCCACUCUCACGCCCAGACGUGUUUUCGGUUAGGCAUCUAAGUGUAGUAAGCCGUAUCUUCGUCAUCCGGAUCUGGUAUGGACCGAAUGACUCCGUGCAAUUUGGCCUUUUAGAUUGAGCCGUCUUAGUCUGCGAACCAAAAAGGUGUGGGCAACUCCUUGUGGGGAGCCCGGCUUGGUUGGGUCUCGUCUUCCAGUCACGCACACACGCACGUGACAGGUUGAGUGCAGAUGAGAGGUGAACUGUCGGGUGUGCGGACGAGGACAUGGUCUUACUAGUGACUCUUACCACUUUCAGCACCACGUAGCGAUCUGCUAUCGUUAAUCCAACUUCAGGCUGAAAUGUAGCCGGCUCGACUGACCGUACGGCCAUUGCUUGGAUAGCGGGUCAGCAUACGUCUGCGGCGAUGUCAGAAGCAUGUGUCGGGGACAAAUAGUCAUCCCUCGCCAGAAGAUUUUAGCAUUCUCUCUCCAGAACCUAGUCAAACACGGCCAAUAAGGCUACUUUUUGAAGAGUCGCUGGAUUUAGUUCGACCAUUCCCGCCAUUGGCAGCAGUCAGCUGGUCUCGGCGUACGCUCACCCCUUGGUCUUCUAAUAGAUUCUGCACCUAGUUCAGAGGCGUCGACGAAAUCAGACAUAGGCGGUAUCUGGCUGACCUGAUUCUUGACUUCAUUUCUGGCCUGCUUUUUUAUCAGGAAAUUUUGCCCAAAUUAAUGGAAAUUUUGCGCUUGCUUGGAGACACGUUAAGUAAUGGUGGCAUGCCUAAAAAGCUGGUCAACAGUGUCCAAGGUUACUGUCGGUUGAUUCAGGUCCUGGUCUGUCCACACGAUUGCGCAGCCUUUCGAGUGAACUCACCCUGCAAAGAUGCCGGAUUUUCUCGUCGAUGUUUGCUAUGUAGCCGCUUGGCUACUUGAUAGAGCGCUUCGAAUUUUAUCCGCUAGAGCCAUCGCCUGGCUUCUCGUUUCCUUAUCCUAGUUGCGCACAUUACUGAGCCCUUGUUCUCAACUACACCAGAUCUGGUAAACGACUCCUACCGUGGCAGUGAGUCUUUCGUCCUCGCAACUCGGCCCCUUUUGUCCUUUGCAUCACAAAUUCCAAGGGCUGUGGGAAGGCGGCCAACGGCUUCCGAAACGUUUUUCACGUACAGGUGAACUCACCAAAAUUCGGGGGCAGUUGGAUUAGUUCUUGUCUCGUUUGCACAUGCACCGAUUGACAAAGCCGGCGCGUAACUAUUCGCCAAAGCGCCCAUCGAAGACAUUGUAAUCCAGCGACCUUGUCUUCCGGUCCACUGCAAUGGGCCUGAAUACCGCCGGUAUAGCAUCCUUACGCUACAACGUUUGCAAGCGAAAGUUACUCAUGCCCAACCACUGCCGUAUUGGGAGAAUUCCGCAAACUCGACAAUCUACUUUAACAGCCACAACCUAAAAAUAUUCCGGUUAGAUCGCAGUUGGUAGCCAGGAAUGGGGAGCGGACGGCGACGUUAACCCUAACCUCAACCUUAAACGUUAACCGUUAACCUUAACGGCAGCCCUAACCCUAACCGAAAUCGUAAACGCAACCGUAGCCCCUAGACAUAGCCGUAGCUGGAAAACCUAACCGUAAUACUGAAACCUAAUCGUACAUUCAAACCAUAACAGUGACCCGAAAACCAAGGCCUAAAGGCAUAACCCUAACCUGAAAAUCGGGAACCAUUAACCGUUACCCUAAUUCUAACCUCAGACGUAAAACGGAAACCAAAUGGGUCAGAUGUGAUUAUGGAACCCCACAAAAUAGCCCCAGUAAACGGUAAUACGGGGCUUGGCUACCAACUGCGAUCUAACCAAAAUUCCUUGGGUUUUACGUGAAUAGGGAUUCAAUCUUCUCUAACAGGUUUUACGAUAAAUAACUCCACGCAACCAGUACCGCCGCUCUGAAUCAUCAACGACACGGUGUAGAACGACGGUAUCGAUGCGAUCACCUGAGCAUUGCUUGAAUUUUGACUCAGCAUCUUGGGAACACUGAAUUUACUGCUCAAUACUGCAGGCAGUGCCGGUUUACAUAUCGCUCUAGACGUGACCGCAGAUCGCCAAGCAAUUCAGAGGCUCCUUCAAGUGUCCAUCAGCCGUUUUUAUUAGUGUCGUACCCGUACUUUGGUCUACCCUCCUGUACCGUACACCAGUAUAUGUAUUUGUCAUGCCUCCUCUCUCGAACCUUCAUUUGUAUCCAGCACGUCUUGCCUUCUGUCUCCCGUGGUGUCAAGCCGGUGUUGGGACCUUUUAUCCACAUAGUCGGUCUCGUGAUUUUCGUGUCGUCGAAUGACAUUUUGCACUACGGGUCAGGAUCUACUUUGUGAAGUUUCAUCCUUUCCGAAGUAUGGUGCAGAUGAAGGCGCAUUAUUGUUAUCUUUUUUAUGCAUCCUCAUGCGACCUCUCCCUAAUUUUUACGCCCCAAUUCAUUAAAGCUUCGGCACCACUUGGUCGCGCUAAUAUAUUUUUUCGCAUACAGUUUUCUCAACAAAGCAAUCACUGCCGCCAAACCCGGGCUAACACCAUCACUGCUUCAUAAGCCUCGUACACCGUGUUGGUCACUUGUCUAGAGCCGAGCACUUAUGCUCUUCUAUAUUUCAUUAUAUGCAUUCGCGCGGCAUAAUUAAAUUCCCAAUUGUCAGGCCGAGCACCAGAUCGUCAAUUUUUUCACCUUGGGGUUUUCUAAUACUUGUUGCCCUGUGCUUUCUAGAUACCUAUAAUGCCAUUGGGUGGCUAGAGGAGCAUCAUUUUGACAGAAAGAUUUUUAUUGCUGAGGACGGCCUGAUUUUACUUCAUAGCUCUACAUUUCCUAUGUACUAUUGUUCUACAGGACUCAUUCCCCUGUGUGCCAGCAGAUCUACCUUGUCUGAGGCUUCCGACAUCUUGUAUAUGAUACCCUCUCGAGACGCAUUCCUUUAAUACCUGUCAACAGACUUGAUGAGGAGUGACCACCAGUUGCUGUCAGUAAUUUUCAUAUUCACCUCCGUUGCCUUUCUAGAUGUCUCAGUCUUCUUCGAAGCUUACCAGCCACCUCCUUACAAGUACUCAAACCACUUUUGGACCGCCUCGAGAACUUUUCCAGCCUCCUUGUGUCUAUUGUGGAAAGGGGGAAUGAGCGAAGCUCUGACUUUGCCAGUCUUCUUCGUUCCAACCAGAGUCUGGCAAUUUCCUUCAGCUGCCUCUCCUCUAUGCUCAUGUCUGACUUCUCCCAGCUCCUAGCCUUUGAGGGGCCAAACCCCUCCGCAUCACAGCGCACGGCGCCAUCGCAGCCUUCGACUGUUUCGCCACCGCACAACCCCCCUCUGAUUACCUCCGUGAGCAUGGGCGUCUGCCCCGCCGUCCUCUCACCGCCUGCGCCUCUCCAGCAACGGCACGACGGCUUUUUCGGCACCCAAAUGCCAAUCGAAACCGAGGUCGGAGGUCUUUUAUGGAUGUUCUGA